CCCCAUCGCGGUCGCCCAGAGCGGCCUUGAGCAAGGUGGCACGCUUCCCUUCUUUCUCUCUUGCUCUCAGGGGUAGUUCUUACCCUUUUUUCUGAACCUCUAGGACAGAAGACUUGGGAGGCUUUCCAAGCCGAGGACCAUCAUGUCUGACGGAGAGGCUGCCCCUGUUGUGGUGGAGGAGGCCGCCGCCCCCGGCGAGCCCAUGGACAUCAACACGGCCGUGCAGAUGGUCCUGAAGAAGGCCCUGGCCCACGAUGGCCUGUGCCGUGGCCUGCACGAGGCCUGCCGCGCCAUUGAGAAGGGCCAGGCCCAGCUGUGCAUCCUGGCCGAGGACUGCAACCAGCCCGACUACAAGAAGCUGAUUGAGGCCCUGUGCGCCGAGCACAACGUCAACCUGAUCUCCGUGCCGGAGAACAAGCAGCUGGGCCAGUGGUGCGGCCUGUGCAAGAUCGACCCCCAGGGCGAGGCCCGCAAGGUGGUCGGCUGCUCUUGCGCCGUCAUCACCGACUACGGUGAGGAGACCGCCGGCCUGUCCAUGCUGCAGGAGUACCUGAAGAGCCGUUAAGCGGCCCUUCGGCUGCUCCGGAUGGUUUCGAGGAGGGCGGGAGAUUAGUGUCUUCAGUCACCAAUUUGUAACGCCGUGACCUCAAAAUACAAUCGCGACUCUGCUGUCGUUUUCUGUCCAAGUGCCUGGGGGAAUGGGACGCCUUUUGAAGGCAAGAAUGGGGCCGGACAAGGGGUGUCAGCUUUGGGCUGGGUAGGAGGAGCCCGGUAACCGCCGAACAGCUCCACAAAAUGACAGGCGAUGCAGUGUUGUGAGUUCACGGGGCGUAGGGCACUUGGGGAAAUCUAAAGCUGGUAU